AAAUUUUCUUUAUACGAUUUUUUCCUUUCUAUGAGAAUGAUUUCUGUAAAUGAAUAAUUAAUUUAUUGGGUAUAGUGAGUAACCGCGAAAGAUUUGACAGGUCCCUUUUUCUUGAUUUUUCUUUUUUUGGGAUAUAUUGUUUUGUAAUGUCUGUUUAUUGCAUAUUAGGUGAUGAGGUAGUGUUAGGUGAUUUCUCCUGGUUCACUGGAUGGAUAGUAGUAUUUUUUUUGUCUAAGAGGCAUAGACUAAAUGCAGCCUCAUCGUGGUGAUGAUAUGGAUGAAAUGGCAGAGGAUUAUGACAUGGGUGAUGUAGAAGAUGACAUGUAUGAAGAAUUUCAAGGGAGGGGUCUGGGCGAUUCUGAUUCUGACGAUGAAGAAUAUGGCCCUUUGAACGGAAGGGCAUCUGAUAUUUCCUCCGCUCAAGCUAGGAAAGGAAAAGAUAUACAAGGAAUACCAUGGAGUACACUAAGCAUUACAAGGGAGAGGUACAGGCAAACCAGAUUAGAACAAUACAAAAACUAUGAAAAUGUUACAAAUUCUGGAGAAGCAUCAGAAAAGGAUUGCAAACCAACUGAUAAAGGUGGCAUUUAUUAUGAGUUCCAGCGAAACACAAGGUCUGUGAAAUCAACUAUUCUUCAUUUUCAGCUGAGAAAUUUGGUUUGGGCUACAUCAAAGCAUGAUGUGUACUUAAUGUCAAACUCGUCUGUGCUUCACUGGUCUGCACUAAGCGGUGAGAAAUAUGAAGUUAUGAAUGUUUCGGGACACAUAGCACCAGAGGAGAGGCUCCCAGGAAGCUUGUUGGAAGGAUUUUCUCAGAUCCAAGUUAGUACGCUGGCCGUUAAAGACAAGUUGCUUGUGGCAGGAGGAUUUCAAGGAGAACUUAUCUGUAAGUUUUUAGAUCGGAAAGGAAUAAGCUUUUGCUGCCGUACAACAUAUGAUGACAAUGCAAUCACUAACGCAUUGGACAUUUAUGAUAGUUCCAGUGGUGCUGUUCACUUCAUGUCUUCAAAUAAUGACUGUGGAAUACGAGAUUUUGACUUGGAGAAAUGUCAGCUUUGCAAGCAUUUCCACUUUCAGUGGCCAGUGAAUCAUACAUCACUUAGUCCUGAUGGAAAGAUUCUUGUAAUUGUGGGAGAUGAUCCUGACGGAAUGCUGGUGGAUGCUCAAACUGGAAAGACUGUCCAUAAAUUACAAGGACAUGUGGACUUCUCUUUUGCAUCAGCAUGGAAUCCCGAUGGCCAAACAUUUGCCACUGGUAACCAGGAUAAGACCUGCAGGGUUUGGGAUGUCAGAAAUCUCUCAAAGUCUGUUGCUGUAUUGAGAGGCAAUCUUGGUGCCAUCAGAUCAAUUCGCUUCACAUCAGAUGGUCGGUUUUUGGCGAUGGCAGAGCCUGCAGAUUUUGUUCACAUCUUUGAUGUUGGGAGUGGGUACAACAAGCAACAAGAGCUGGACUUCUUUGGUGAAAUCUCAGGCAUGUCAUUCAGCCCGGAUACAGAAGCUCUUUUUGUUGGUGUAUGGGAUAGAACUUAUGGUAGUCUUUUACAGUAUAGUCGCCUGCGGAAUUACUUGUACCUUGAUUCACUGUUUUAAUGUACCAAGUAUGUCGGUCUUCUGUAUGCAUGUGCUAGUUCGUUCUGUAUAUGGACCCAGGGUAAGAAGCAAUAGAGUGAGGAAAGAUAAGACCAGAUGUAGUCCUUUUCUAGAGACUGGGUGUUUAUAGGGAAAAGUCUCUAUGAGUCUCAAGUCUUGAUCCUGUUAACCUCAAUGCACUUGGACUUUGAAGUGUAAAAAGAAAUGUUCAGAUGCAGAACCUGUGACUUGAAGAAACAAAGUGUAGCUAUUGCUCUGCUCAGUUCAGCUGCUCCCCAUCAGGAUGGAGUUGAUUCUGAUGUAAUUUUAAUUUUCAAUGACAUUCUUGUUUUCUUGUUUGCCA